UCAACAAAUUUAGCUUACUGAGGUCGCUGUUGUCGAGAUAUUCAUGUGCGUUUUCGUUUAAAGAGUAAACAAGCUAACCUUUAAAGUGAUACACGGUCAAGUAAAAAAAGAUUUCAAUUUAGUAAUAAAAACUGCAAAAAGUUUUCAAUUUUAUUAAUAGUUCUGAAAGGGAAUAAAAAAGUUUCAUAAUUGUUUUCAAAAUGUACACAUUCCAACCAUACGUUUUUACUGAAAAUUCUCCUAAUGGUAUUGUAAAACCUAAAGGAAGAAUGCUGUCAAGAAUACGGUGUGAUGGUAAAAAUUUAUAUAUUUACAAAGGCAUGGAUCCAACGACUGCUGUGGAUUUUCAAGAUGAAUUAACUGAUUCUUUGUUUGACGAAUCACGGUCUGACUUUCUUGAUAUCUGGGUGUACAAUUUAGCUGGACAACAAUGGAGAUUAAUGAGAAAUGAUAGUAAUUUACCAGAUGAUAAAGAUAUCAUUUUUGGUACAAUUUUUGAAUCUAAUUAUUUAGUCAUUUGGACAAUACGAGUACCUUUUGAUGACGAACUUUCAAGUCGCAAAGGCCGAUUACAUAUUUAUGAUCUAAAUACCGAAAGUGCACUUGCCAGAAAGACAAGUGGACAAAUUCCGAAUUCUACAUUUGCACUUAAUUUAAUUCGUCAUGGAAAAUAUAUUUAUACUGUCGGAAUCGAAAGAGAUUACGAAAACUUUUCCGAUGUAUAUAAAUUAAACAUGGAAAAUGGUGUAUGGGAAGUUGUUUACAUCUGUCGAGGACUUGAUGCUAAUGAACCAGUUGGUAGAUUGGGUCAUACCUUAGUUUAUGACAACAAUAUGAUUUAUAUAUUUGGUGGUUUUAGUGAUGAUCACGGACUUGAUACGUUUUCUUUUGUCGAAAUUCCGGGAUUUGAUUUAGAAAAAUGCUGCUGGAAAAUAGUGGAGACUCGUGCUGAUGAAAAUCACAUACCGCAUUAUCCAACAGAAAGAGGAGAUUUCGGGUUAGCGAGUUAUACUGAUCCAGAUUCGGGUGAAAUAAAUAUAAUAAUUUCUGGAGGAACAGAUAUCGAUUCUGAAGAUGCCUUGAAUGACGUCUGGAGACUGAAUCUCACAAGUUUAAAAUGGACGUGUCUCGAGAGAUUUGGUACUGUCUUACCUCAUUCUGUUGAAAAUAAUUCAAUGGCCGUUUCUCCUUCUGGAAAAUUAUUAACAUUCGGUGGAUUGAUUUUCAAUAAUGAUCCGGAAAGUCCAACCUGUAUUUCUUCUUUACACUCAACUUGGCUUAGGAUUCCCAAACUCACAGACAUUUGUUGGGAAGCUGUUUUCCAUUACUAUCCAGACUUGAAAUCAAUGACUGACAAAGAAAUUAUGUCCCUCGGCCUUCCAUUGCAAUUACUUAAGUCGCGUAUCAAUUGAUAAAAUAUUUAUAAGAAAAUUUAUUGUAUUUAUUUUUUUAUUUAUAACUCACUAGCAUUUAAAAUUAUAACGUUCAUAAGUUUAUUCGAAACCAAAUUUGUCUUUUUUAAAGUUUACUCAUAUUUUUUUAUCAUAAAACAAUGUACAAACAAUUUAAUGUCCUUGUUUUUAUUCUCUAAUAAUCUAUGUCACUAAGUAAACAGUUUAUUUUUUUUUGUAUUAAAAAUUACCUUUUUUUUUCUUCAAUUACUAUUUUUCUUACGAAUAUGAAAACAACCCAUUCUUCUGUCUCAGUAUACCCCAGCCGCCUAUGGGCACCGUAGUAGGACUGCGGGUGAUGUCAGCCAACUUCACCCUGUAACUUGGCUCAGGAUUCCCAAACUCAUAGACAUUUGCUGGGAAGCAUUUUUACAUUAAUAUCCAAACUUAAAAUUAAUGACUGCCCUGGUUAAAAAUACUGAUUGAAAAUAAUUGAGAAGCGGCCACUCCAUGCAAACUGUAUAUCUACAUAUACCAACAAAAGAAUUGAAAUUAUUGAAAAGAAUCCAGAUUUCAUCAUUUUUAAUUCUUUUCAAUGAGUAUUUUUAACCAGGGUGACGAAGAAAUCAUGUCCCUCGGUAUCCAAUCGAAGUUACUCGAGUCUCGUAUUAAUUAAUAAAAUGUCUAUAAAUGAAUUCAUUGUAUUCAAUUUUUGUUAACUAAAACUAACUCGCUCUCAAAAUUGUUAUAAUCAUAAAUUUAUUUGAAACGAAAUUUAUUACUCUACAGUUGACCAAUUGCUGAUAAAUCUUUUAAGACUAAAAUACAGAUUUUUUUAUAUUAAAAAAUUUUUCUAUAAACAUUUAAG